CCCUGAAGUAUGAAGUCAUCGAAGUACUUCCGGUGCCGGAAUGUCUCUACAUUUUGGAAUGCUGCUGUAUUUCCCUUGAACCACAUAGCUAGAUAACAUUUUUACAAAUUAAUCUGUGUGUCUUUGUGGUUUAGUGGACUCGCUGUUACUUUAUUGAAGACAAACAUGGAUAUUCCUACAGCUCCUGAGGACCAAGAGCUGAAAAAUGUCAUUGACAAACUGGCCCAGUUUGUGGCUCGAAAUGGCCCGGAGUUUGAGAAGAUGACAAUGGAGAAACAGAAGGACAAUUCCAAAUUCUCUUUUCUGUUUGGAGGGGACUUCUUCGCCUAUUACCGGUGCAAGCUUGCAAUGGAACAACACCAGCAUCCUACUACCCACGAGUAUGAGGAGUAUAAGUUGGAAGAUCUUUAUAAUCCACCUGGUACGGAAGUCCUAGACAUCCCUCCACCAAUCGCCAUCCUGGCCCCACCCCCCGUCGCCCCUGCCACGCCAUCUCUAGAUGAGCUCAUCCAGCAGAGCCAAUGGAACCUGCAGCAGCAAGAACAGCAGCUGCUCACUCUCAGACAGGAGCAAGUGACUGCAGCCAUAGCUCUGGCCAUGGAGCAGCAGACCCAGAAGCUGCUGGCAGAGACUCAGCAGGACGUAUCUGAAUUUGACAACCUGCUGCAGCCCAUCAUUGACACCUGCACUAAAGACGCCAUCUCGGCUGGUAAGAACUGGAUGUUCAACAACGCCAAGGGCCCACUGCAUUGUGAGCUGAUGUGCUCACACCUCCGGAACCGCAUCACAGCCGACACAGCUCACUUCGAACUCCGCCUACACCUCAUCUAUCUCACCAAUGAUGUCCUCCAUCACUGUCAGAGGAAGCAGCAGAGGGACCUGCUAGCAGCGCUGCAGAAGGUGGUGGUGCCCAUCUACUGCACCAGCUUCUUAGCUGUAGAGGAGGACAAGCAGCAGAAGAUCACACGUCUUCUACAACUCUGGGAAAAGAAUGGCUACUUCGACGAGGUGACGAUCCAGCAGUUACAGGGUCCAGCUGUGGGCCUGGGUCAGUAUCAGGCCUCACUGAUCACAGAGUACGCUGCGGUGGUGCAGCCCAUUCAGCUGGCCUUCCAGCAGCAGAUCCAGACCCUGAAGAUGCAGCAUGAGGAGUUUGUGGCCAACCUGGCGGUUCAGCAGCAGCAGACUGCAGCAGCAGUGAGCCAGCUAGCUGCAGCAGAGCCUGACAUUAAGGCAGUCACCACUCAGCCUGGAGAGGUGAAGUCGUCCAUGUCUGGCCCUCCUGGUGAUUAUGACGGCGCCCAGUCCAGAUCGGACCCCGGUGCCAACAACAGUGGCCACGCUGAUAACUCCUCCUCUAAACCCUGGUUCGACCCACAACACAUGUCUGGAGGCUGGAACCCCAAUCAGCCACCUCCGUUCGACCCCACCCAGGCGCCCCCUCCGUGCCCCCCCUGGAACAGCCACGAGGGCAUCUGGAAUGAGCAGAGGGGGGACCCCAGCUGGAGCGGAGGCCCUCCAAGGGGGGAGGGGGGUCCCUGGAGCGGAGGGGGAGGACAGAAUGAGCCACCUCCCAACUGGAGCGGUCAGUAUGACCAGCCCCCCUGGAGCAACCAGGGACCUGACCAGCCCCCCUGGGGCCAGAGAGAGCCCCACUUUCCCCGCAUGCAGAGGCCCCCCCACUUCAGAGGGCCCUUCACGCCCCACCAGCCAGGGCCCCCUCCCUUUAACCAGCCGCCCCCGCCUCCCCACAACUUCGGCCGUUUCCCGCCGCGCUACAUGCAGGAUGACUUUCCACCCAGGCACCAUUUUGAAAGGCCGCCCUACCCUCCACACCGCUUUGACUACCCACAGGGAGACUUCCCUGGAGACAUGGGCCCUCCGCACCACCACCCUAGCCAGAGGAUCCCUCCUCCGGGUAUGGGGGGAGGAGAGCACCCUCCCUGGGGGGGUAACCAGCACCCAGACUUCGGCCCCCCAUCCCACGGCUUCAAUGGCCAGUCCCCCCACAUGAGACAGCGUCCGGCCCCGGCUCACGUCAACCAGGAUGACCCCAGCCUGGUCCCCAACGUUCCCUACUUCGACCUGCCCGCCGGACUCAUGGCCCCUCUAGUCAAACUGGAAGACCAUGACUACAAAGCACUGGAUCCUAAAGACAUCCGUCUGCCUCCCCCAAUGCCCCCCAGUGAACGCCUGCUAGCUGCUGUGGAGGCCUUCUACAGCCCCCCCUCCCACGACGGACCCAGGAACAGUGAGGGCUGGGAACAGAACGGCCUGUAUGAGUUCUUCAGAGCCAAGAUGAGAGCCAGGAGGCGAAAGGGCCAGGAGAAACACAACAGUGCACAUGGUAGUCGUUCACACAGCCGUUCUCGUAGUCAGGGUCGCUCCUCAUCUGAAUCCAGCUCAAGAUCCUCCAAGUCCUCCCGCUCCUCCUCCCGAUCUCGCUCCUACUCCCGAUCUCGCUCCAGGAGCAGGAGCCGAUCCAGGUCGUCCCGCAGUCGCUCUCGUUCUAGGUCUCGCUCCAGAUCUCGCUCUUCUGACAAGAGACGGCAAGAGAGGCCUGCCCCCGCCCCCACCUCUUCCCACGCCUCUGCCUCCGCCUCCCAGAAGUCCCGUAGCCCCUCUCCUCCAGCUACGUCUGGUCUGGGCGCAGCCCCCUCGGUCCUGCCUCCAGACAGCAGGCUGGGAGAGGAGAACAAGGGCCAUCAGCUGCUCAUGAAAAUGGGCUGGAGUGGUUCUGGGGGGCUUGGGGCAAAGGAGCAGGGCAUCCAGGACCCCAUCAAGGGGGGAGAACUCCGGGACAAGUGGGACCAGUAUAAAGGAGUGGGGGUGUCUCUGGAUGACCCUUAUGAGAACUACCGCAGGAACAAGAGCUACAACUUUGUAGCUCGCAUGAAAGCAAGGGAGGAAGUGAAUCGGGAACCACAAGAGCCCCCUCCCGCUGAAUAAUGUGCAUCGUAAAGCAAACCUAACCCAGAACACACCUCUUCAGUCAGUUUUUUGUACAGAAUGUUCUUAUAGUAUGUUUCAAUCUAUUUGGAAAAAUCCUCACAUACCAGGUUUUGAAUGUUGCUUUUGUGAUACUCAUUCAUGUAUUUUCUUCUCAUGUUCCAGUUUUUGAUGACUUGGAAAUGGAUAUAAAUAGUAUUGUGUUGCUCUUUUGUAAGAAAAAUAAAAUACGUUUAUGGAAUUCA